UUUUUCUGUCAUACACUCAUACAUGUGAGCAGCGUUUCCUUCUCUAUUAUUCACGCCUCAAAAUAUAUAUGGUAAUUCAUUAUCCCUCCACUCACCCACAGUCGCACCUUCAACUUUCUCCUUUCAAGCGUCAUACGGAUAUAGAGAAACUCAUCAUCUAUCCCAGCAAAAUCUGAGCCUCAACGCUUGUAUGCGCUGGGCUCUCGCUGUCACCUCCCUUCACACAGAAACCCCCGUUGCAGCCACGGCGACCCCCUUCCUCCGUUCUGCUUUGGUUUAGCUUCCGAUUUGUUCGUUCAUUUCGUGUCCGCGGGCGUUACUAAUCAAUUAAUUUCGCUUUGUUCCUGGAAUGGCGAGUUUGAGGAAUCCGGGAGCUGGAUUGGCUCUGAUGGAGAUAAUUGGGAUCUUGAUUUGCGUUGAAAGCCUCGCAACGCCGUCUCCCCCAAUGUGCCCCUUGCGGAAUUCGGUUAAAGACUCGAUCUUGGGGCUCCGAGAUUUCACAUGCCCAGUUGAUGAGAUCAAUUUUUCAUAUGCGGCCGCUAUUGUUGAGGGAAAUGAGAUGAUAUUGCAGAGAUCAUUGCAUAUGAUUCAACACAGAUCACAUAACUAUGCUGUUUUCCUCUUCUAUGCAUCAUGGUGUCCGUUUUCUGAAGCAUUUAGACCGAUCUUUUCUGUUCUGUCUUCUCUGUUCCCUUCAAUUCCCCACUACGCAUUUGAAGAAUCAGCUAUUAAGCCAAGUACUCUCUCAAGGUAUGGAGUUCAUGGGCUUCCUACGCUAUUAAUUCUGAAUUCUACGAUGCGUGUUCAAUAUCAUGGACCGAGGACCCUUGAUUCUUUAAGUACUUUCUAUGAUGAUGUAACUGGUGUUAAGACAGAAAUUGAUGAUGUCAUGUCCCUAGACAAGGUUGGAUGUUCCACACACCAGGAUGGGCAUAAAAGUGGAAGUGAACCAGAAAGUUGUCCAUUCUCAUGGGCAAGUUCUCCACAGAAUUUACUUCGGCAGAACACGUACUUGAUGUUGGCAACUAUAUUUGUUCUUCUAAGAUUGGUGUGUGCCAUAUUUCCAUAUAUCCGUAGGUUUGCUCGUUUCGCUUAUACACGGUACAACAUGAGGAUAAGCUCCUUGUGGGAGCAUCCUCUGCUGUACCUGCAUCGGGGAUUCCAAGUAUUCAAUUCAUUGAAGGAGCCUUGCAAGCGAAGCAAUUUGCAGGAAAGAGCUAUGAAUGCCAGGGCAUGGGCCUCAAAGUCUCUAGCUUCUGUUUCAUUUGGCGAGGCCAGCUCAAGUCGGGUUGGAACGGUUAGUUUAACUCACUGAUUAAUUUGCUGGUUAUAUCUCUUUUAGAAACUAUCUGCUACCUCCCACUGGGUUUGCUUUAAUUCUGAUUUGUGAUUUUUUUUCGUUUUAAUAUUCGGCUGUCAAAACAACUCACGUGACUGUCGUGGUACUAUUGUAUAGUAGUUAUCAUUUUCGUAUCAAUAUUGAAAGAUCAUGUCGCCAUGUCGGCCUAUUUGUAUAGAACAUUUAGCUAAUAAGCUAAAUUUUGUAAUUCAGAUACUUGUUGAACUGUGGGUGUAACUGUGUAAGUGUGCAACUCAUUUGUGUGGUUUCAUCCUCUUAUUUUAUGAACGAAAUUGCUAAAU